AAACAUGAUAUAAGACAGAAGUUGACCUGUUACAGUAUACUGCUGUAUCUCAGAGAAAACCUCAAACAGGAAACAUCAGUAAAGAGAAAAGAUAUGGUCUCCUACGCAAAGACAAACAUAUUUUACAUUUCAGUCGGAUUUUGGCUCAGUUCAGUCGGAUUUUGGCUCAGUUUAGGUGUUGAAAGCUACAGCGGUGGGCCAAACCAUACAUUAACUAUUUAUCCUGGAGGAUCUGUCACCAUCCCAUGUUAUUAUGACAAGAAAUACACACAGCAGAAGAAAUCCUGGUACUCAGAGAUUGAUCAAACACACACAUACACAAACACAACAGAGCAGAAUCUGUCAGUAAUUGAUCAUCCUGAUCAGAGUCUCUUUACUGUGACUAUGAGAAACCUGCAGAACAAACACAAUGGAGAUUAUUAUUGUGUUGUGGAGACUAGAGAACAACCAUCGAAUACCAUAUAUGAGCUUUAUCUCAAGAUUCAGUCUGCUCCCGAUGUAUCUUUGAUGAACAGCAGUGUCUCUGGACAUGAAGGUGGUGAUAUCAGUGUUCAGUGUCUCUACAGUUCUGGAUAUCAGAAUAAAGUCAAACAGUGGUGCAGAUAUAAAGAUCAGAGCUGUUACACAGUGGGGAGGACUGACACAUCCCAGAAUUCAUCAGUGCAGAUCAGAGAUGAUGAUGGGAGAAGAUCCUUCACUGUGCUGAUGACUGGACUGAGACGGACUGAUUCUGGCUGGUACUUCUGCUCUGUAGGAGAUGCAAUGAAUCCUGUUUAUCUCACAGUAAUAGAAGAAGAAAGUGUGAACACAGACAUCAGCGCUGAGAAGGACAGAUGGCGUUUCUGUCUGUCCACAUCAAACUGAAAGAUGAGAUGAUUAGAAAAGCAUUGAUAAAAAGAAUUAUGUUCUGCUCUUCUGUGUAUGUGUGCAUGCAUUAGAUGUCUAGAUUUUCUAAACACUUAGUUAAAUGUAUUUAAAUAUGAUUUUAUUUUAUUCAGGCAACAUACAAAUGAGUAAUAUAGCAAUAUAUUUUCUUUCUUUUUUUUCUUGGGUUUGAUCUCGAUUCAGUAUCAAUUAA